CUCACGAGGAGGAGGAACCAAUAAAAAACGACGCGCAAUUACGAGAGCUUUGCAAAUAAACUGCAAAACACAAAUUCAGUACUGUGUAAUUUGAUUCUGUUAUUUGCUAAGUUCGAAUAGUUUUGUGUUUAUGUGGAAAUUGGUGAUUUUUCGAAUUGUUUUGUUGUCGUUUCAAGGCAUGAUUACGGCGUGACUUCCAUGCCCUGCGUACCUACCUACGAAAGGGCGUACGAAUUACGUUUACUAUGAAUGAUUUUAUCUCUUUCUAAACUUGAGCAUUCUGUGAAUGGUCGAGUGUAACAGCGAGCGUAGCAAAUUAUGGAUUGAAAAGUGUUUGUUGUUUGUAUUUUGAUAUAUGCACCGCAUUGCUAGGAAUACUUUAUCAUUAUCUUAUUUGGUGAUCGCGAGCUUAAGUAGUCAUAUGGCGCCAGUUGGACUAUACCGAGGACUGAUUAGCUCCACCGUUCGAUUUGUCGACCACUUUACUAUUUACGCGCUAUUUAAAAGAGAUAGUACGUAUUUUUAGUCGCGGCGAGCGCGAGACGAGUGACUUUCAUAAGUGUUCGUAAACAACUUCAAGGUUAUUCGACGGCGCUGAUGCAGAGGCACUGACAUGGCUGCGAUAUCGGAAGGUGGUGCCAUAGUGCGCCAGGGCCACCUUCGGAAGUUGAAGACUAUGAAGAAGAAGUAUUUCGUAUUGCGCGCGGAGAGUUCGGAGAGCUCGGCGCGGCUGGAGUACUACGAGUCGGAGAAGAAGUUCCGGAGUGGAGCGGCACCGCGCCGCGUGCUGCCGCUCAAGAGCUGCUACAACAUAAUGCGGAGACUGGACUUGAAGCAGAAGCAUGUGAUCGCGCUCUUCACCAGGGAGGAGCAGCUGUGCAUCGUGGCGGAGAAUGAGGCAGACCUGCAUGCCUGGCUGGCAGCCAUCCUCAAGUUGUUCCGAAAUGAAGAUGCCACUGAGGAUCUACUACACCCUAUACAGCACGUGUGGCAAGUCAACGUUCAGAAGAAGGGACUGGGCGCCUCGAAGAACAUCCAGGGUCUGUACAACCUGUGUCUCACGGACAAGACGCUCACCCUCGUCAAGAUCAAGAGUCACAACAACGUGAUCAGCGACCUCGGCAUCCCUGAGCGGGUGGAGUACUCCUUGAAGAAUAUUCGAAGGUGCGGCGAUUCUGAGUGCUUCUUCUAUAUGGAAGUUGGACGUCAGACCACGAGCGGCGCCGGCGAGCUGUGGAUGCAUUCAGACGACUCCAACAUAGCGCAGAGCAUGCACUCCACCAUCUAUCACGCGAUGCGCAACUGUGCCAAGGAGACGGAGAACGAGAAGGACCACAUCGUGGUGGGGGCGCGGGCCUCGGGGCCGCCCGAUGGACCGCAGCCGCCCGCUCGGCGACAGACGUACUCCGACGGUCGCGGCCGCGCCGGCCUCUACAACGACGGAGGCACGCUGCGGAACCGAUGCGACACGAUGCCGUCGCGUAUCUGCCCCGCCUACGAGCCGGAGCGACUUACCGCGACGCCGAGGGACGCGGACGUUGUCGAUGGUACGUCAUCAUCGAGAGACGACAUCGAUUCGCUGUCGGAGUGGUAUCGAACGCUACGGAUACCCGAGGAGCCCGAUGCCUGCGAUGCUCUGCCCAGAGACUUCAUCGGUAUCCGCGGCGGCGGUCCGUCCAUCUCCCACUCGCGCACGUCGUCGCUGGGCGUCGAGGAAGGCGGCGGUGCGGCGGAAGGAUACCUGCCCAUGGCGCCGGCCCACCUGUCGUCAUCAGGCUCACUGUGCAGCGGCACGCCUUCCACUGACCCACGCUUCAGCGAGUACCAGCUGGAGCCGGCCACGGCGCACUUCGCGGAGGAGCGCUCCACGCGCGCCUACAGCGUGGGGUCGCGGCCCGGGGGCGGCGCCCGGCCCGAACCCGCGCGCCUGCGGGCCUACAGCGCGGGCUCGCGGCGCCGCCCCGCCCACCACCCCCCGCACCCGCCGCACCCGCGCAGCUCCACCGAGGACCUCAUGGAAAUCGACUUCUCAGCCAACUCGCCGCAGACCAAAGUUAUCAUAGCAAGAACACCGCCCACCAACAUACCGGACACGUACCGAAGGAACAAUGUGGACGAAUACGUCGAUAUGUCCCCCAGGAACGCCGGCUACGUCGAAAUGAGACCCGGAGAGCUGCCGGCCACCCCCAACUCGACCCCCGGGGCGACGCCCCAGUCGACCCCCAGCGCGACGCCCGACGGCUACGUGGAGAUGAGCUACGGCCGCGGCAACCGCGUCGCCAGUCGACCCAUAGCCAUCGCCGGCUCGCGGCCGCCGCCCGCCGCCUCGUCGCCGCGCACGCCGCACGGCUCGCAGACCAUCUUCCCGUUCUCGCCCGACGGCGCCUCCCCGCCCGCGCCGGACGACGGGCCCGCGCUCAGCACGCUGCGCGAGAUCUCGGAGGAGGGCCGCCGCAGCCCGCCCGAGGUGUCCUCGUCGCCGCAGUACGUCACCCUGGCGCGACCGCCGCCCCUCAACAACAACAAGGAGGACACGAGAGGCGCUGUCCGAGGCUCGCCCCCUCGCGGCGACGCGGCCCCGCCAGGAGCGCUGCACUACGCGGCGCUGGAC